CCGCUAGAUGGCGGGUCAGUCGACAGUUACCUUUUUCGGAAUGGUUCGUAACUUUUGGGACACGUGUUUUUGGUUAGAAUUAAAUCCCGAAUGACACACUGAACUGUUUUGUUGUCUGUUAAGUAAUGUUACAGUUCUAAGCUUGGAAAAUACUAAAGCAAAAUGGACCGUAUAAGAAAGAAGUAUCGUAAGCGACCACCCAUUGAUGAGGAAUUAUUAAAAAAGCACAGCAGAGGUGAAGGGGUUAAUGUGCAAGUUGCAACAUCUAAAAUAAAGAGUAAGAUACAAAAACAAAAAUUAGAAAGAAACGAGAGAGUCAUAGAUCAUACGAUAAAAGCUGCAGCCCGAGCAGAAUUAUUGCUGACCGAAGAUUAUGGUUGUCUGGAAGCAGAUCCAGGAUAUUCGACUAUGUUUUAUAAACAGAAACAAAUUGCAGAAAAUGCAGACAUAACUAGCGCGACUAAGCAUUUUACAUUGAGAUUAGGUUUUGGUUGUUACCGUAUAAGGUACACGAAGAAUGGUAGACAUUUACUUCUUGGUGGAAGGAAAGGACAUGUAGCUGCUUUAGAUUGGGUUACAAAAAACUUAGCCUGUGAGAUGAAUGUAAUGGAAUCGGUGCACGAUGUGUCAUGGUUGCACAUAGAAACAAUGUAUGCUGUAGCACAAAAGUCAUGGGUAUACGUAUACGAUAAUCAAGGCAUUGAACUUCAUUGUAUAAAGCAAAUGCAUAAUGUGAACAGAUUAGAGUUUCUGCCUUAUCACUUUUUACUUGCCAGUGCUUCCAGAGAGGGUUACUUGACUUGGCUUGAUACCUCUAUAGGACAACUUGUUACGAAACCUACCAAUACCAGAUUAGGAAACAUACAUGUAAUGACUCAAAAUCCAAGUAAUGCAGUACUUUGCGUGGGUGAUUCGAAAGGAGUGGUUUCUAUGUGGUCUCCAAACAGUAAGAGGCCAUUAGCAAAGAUGUUGUGCCAUACUCAGGCAAUAAGAGCAUGUGCGGUUCAUCCGCAUGGAACUUAUAUGGCAACUAGCUGUCCAGCCGGCCUUCUAAAGGUUUGGGAUGUUAGACAGUUAUCAGGUCCAGUGUUCAAUUAUCGUACACGAUAUCCUGUACAACAGUUAUCUUACAGUCAGCGUGGUCACCUGGCAAUGGGAAUGGGAAAUGUAGUGGAAAUUUUUAGACCUGCGGCCGAAGGAAUGAGACCAUAUUUGAGACACAGAGGACAAGGAAGCGUGACCAGUUUGCACUUUUGUCCAUUCGAAGAUGUCCUAGGCGUCGGUACGUCGAUAGGAGUGGCCUCUCUUCUGGUCCCUGGAAGCGGAGAAGCUAAUUACGAUGCUCUAGAAAGCAAUCCGUUCCAAACCAAGGCUCAAAGACGCGAGGCUGAAGUGAAAGCUCUUCUAGAUAAGAUUCAACCGGAAUUAAUUACAAUGGAUCCAGUUGCCAUAACAGAGGUGGAUGUGCCUAGUUUGAGGCAUAAGGUGGAGGAGAAGAACAAGCUCUUGUUCCUUAAACCAAAAAGUAUAGACUAUAAACCACGCAGAACAAAAGCUAAAGGAAAGGGUGGCACGGCCAAAGUAAUUAAAAAUAAAAAGAUUCUGAAGGACCGUAACCGAAAGGAAUUUAUUAACAUUUUGCGAAAAGCGAAGUCACGACCAGACACGAAGAAAAACGGACCGAAAAAGAAUUACGGAGUAUUGAACAGAUUCGUGUCGGAAUCUAGAUAAUUUGUAUCGCGUAAUUUGAAACUUUCUAAAACUCGUCGAUUCUCUAUGUAAAUUCAUCUAAUUGUAAUUAAACCGUUUGGAAUUUCUACUUUAAA